GUAAUCAACACCUCCGCAAACCAGUUGACCACAAUUUAUCAAGUCGGUCAACGCCUUAAUGACCACUCAAGACUCAAGCAAGCUAUCAAAAGCUAGCGAGCCUCCACUCGGACUCUCGCCGAUAAUCUUAGGAGGAGCCACGUUUUCCAACAUCUACAACUCUGAUGAUGACCUGAAACGAAACACGCCUGAGUCGACCCUGUUAUUUGCACUUCGAAAUGGAAUCAAUGCCGUGGACACCGCACCGUACUACGGAAACAGCCAAUCAAUCAUUGGCCAGAUCAUUUCGAAGCCCGAAUUUAGGGCUGAAUUUCCACGAAGCUCUUAUCAUCUUUUGACCAAGUGCGGAAGAUAUGGCCCGAAAGAUUUUGAUUACUCGCCCGAACGAAUCAUCCGCUCGGUCAAAGAAAGCUGCGCCUUGCUGGGGACCGAUUAUUUGGAUGCGGUGUACCUUCAUGAUGUCGAGUACGUGGCAGAAGAUCCGGAUGGCUUCAACAAAGGCGGCCCUAGUCGAAUAUCCUCCGAUGGUCAAAGCACUGGUCAACUCGAUCCCGCACCCAAGACUGAGAAAUAUGCCCAGAGCUACGGCCCCGGAGACGACACAGUUGUGCUUGCAGCCAAGACUUUGUUCCAGCUUAAGCAGGAAGGUUUGAUACGUAGGGUAGGGAUUAGUGGUUACCCGCUUGGAACGUUAUUGCGAAUGUCACACCUGAUCGUUACGCAACUGGACUGUCCGUUGGAUCUAGUCAUGUCGUAUGCGUGUCUAACUCUCCAAAACAGUGCUCUAAGCAGCUAUCUUCCUUACUUCCAAGCUGCUGGGGUCGUUCAAAUCAUCUCAGCCUCCCCACUUGGUAAUGGUUUACUGACCACCCGAGGCCCUCCGGAUUGGCAGCCAGCUCCCGAAGCUCUCCGCCUAGUGAUCAAGGAGGUCGCCAAAUCUAUUCAAACGACCCAUCAUCUGUCCAUCGAACGCAUCUCCCUUCUCUACUCCAUGUACUUCCCCCACACCGUGAUCGGAUUCUCGUCUGUUGACGAAGUCAAAGCGGCCUUAGAGGUUCUUGGAGAAAUCCAGAACCCAAAGGACGCUUCAAGUAUCUCCUCAGCUCAGGCUGCAGUACAAGAUGCAUUGAAAAGCUCUGGAUAUUUGAAUUGGUCUUGGCCUUCGCCAUCCGACUAGCUCUGGAGUCGAUCUCGGUCUUUAGUGAUUCAUGAUACAUUAUACAGACAUUCCGGAUUUACCCUCGCAUCAGUUCAAUGGGUAGCAUCCAGUGAAGUUUUCGGAUACAUCCAAUAAAAAUCUUCAUUCAUUUGGACUAAAUUU